UAUUUUGUCACUUGUGUGUGUGAGUGUAUGUGUGAGUAAAUAGAGACGAAUGGCAAUGAACGUGAUAUUUCCAACUUGAUUUUCAAGCAAAUUACGAUUCACACUCCGGUUCUAUUGCGAAGAUUUUGUCUCAAAAACACUUUCGAUAGAAUUUUAGAAUAAAUUGUUGUUUGUUUUCAUUAAAAUGAUGGAAAAUCGAUUUAAAGUUCUAAUUCCGUGAUAAAACUCAUUAUAUUAAUAUUUUCGGUGCUUGCUGAAACAAACAAAGAACAUACAAAUUAAAACAACAUUGAAGUGCCCAACUGCCCACGUCUAUAAUGUAUUUUAUCUCUUGGCAACAAUACGUAUGAUAGUCAUAUCAACAACAUCGUUCAUGUCAGUCUCUGAUUGGCUACUUACGAUCGGGCGCAAAGUCAUUAAAGUGUUUAUUUUUCAUCGUGAUUUGCCACUUUUCUUGAUAAGAUGAUAAAAUGAUAUGGAAAGUUAAAAUAACUAAAUACGUUUCAUUCAAGACGUUUUUCCUCAGGUAAAUUGAAUCAACCAAAUUUACAAAGGGAUAUAAUUUGAUAGUUAGAUAAAUCAGCAUGGCAAUGAAAGUGGCACUUGCUAUCCUGGGCACAUUCCUUGGAUGUUGCUCCAAUGUCGUUGUCCUCGAGUAUAUGGUGAAAAUGGACCCUGGAUCCGGAAAUCUAGUAACGUUCGCACAAUUUGCAUUUAUCGCAUUGGAAGGGUUCAUUUUCACUUCGAAAUUCGGGACCGAGCCACUUAGAAUCGGGUACAAAAAUUAUAUUAUUCUAGUCGUGAUGUUCUUUAUUACCAGUGUAUGUAACAACUACGCUUUCGAUUUCAAUAUUCCAAUGCCAUUACACAUGAUAUUUCGAGCGGGCUCGUUAAUUGCAAAUAUGGUAAUGGGAAUCGUAAUACUGCGGAAACGUUAUGAUUUCUCCAAAUAUCUAUCGGUUUUGAUGAUAACAUUGGGAAUUGUUAUUUGCACGAUCGUCUCUGGGAGCAGUGUCGAAAGCACGGCCAAUCCAGAUUUAGGAAAGGAGGAUACAAGCGGCUAUUCGGUGUUCUUUUGGUGGGUGUGUGGCAUUUCAUUGCUAACUCUAGCUCUAUUCAUUUCGGCUCGAAUGGGAAUUUACCAAGAGGUUCUGUAUAAACUCCACGGCAAGCAUCCACGUGAAGCGCUUUAUGUCACC